AUGAUCGGUAUAAAUUUCAAUAUCACAGAGAUCCUUUGCAGCCUACAAAACAAAAGUACGGGAGAGCUUAGCUUUAUAACUUCGUUCAUGAAUUUUGGUGGUUCCAUGGGUAAUGAGAGUUUUCACAAGCCUCCAGGAAAAGGCACCAACGAGCGACUCUUUGUGGGCUUAAUCAGUGGUCUUAUGCUGUUUUCUGGAAGAUUGGCUGCCAAAACCCCAAAUGAGCUUUUAGUAUGGGAAGAAUGUUACUACGAAACUGUAUCAUGUUCAUGGCUAUCAGGAGAUCUAAAUCCAGAGAACUCAUUUCAUGAUUACAGUCCUUCUUGGGUUUCAUCUGAAACUUGUAAUUUACAGUCGAGUGUUCGAGCAGGGGAUAAGGUUCAUUUGCAUGCAAACAAGAUGAUGAUUGACAAUCAAGUUCAUGUUGUGGGAGAAGGUAUAUGGGAAGAGCAAAAGUAUAUUGCUACUAUCACUAUAAGAAAAUGGAGAGAGGAUGAAGAGGUGUACUUUCUUCCCGCUGCAGGCUGUUCAUGUUAUUAUGCUAAUUUCUUGGGUGUUAAGGAGCAAGUUCUU